AUGUCGCCGCAUAUCGCCAAGCUGCCACUGCAUGCAUCCUGCCCUUCACCUGAACACUCGGGUCCGAUUGCGUACCGGCAAGAAAGAGUUGCUCGGACCGUCAAUUGGAGCGCCAGACUCCCGAAAGACAGAAUGACACGGACCAAACGGGCGUUGGGCGCAACAGCCUUCUAUCGAGUCAAUGAACGCGCAGGCAGGGAAAAAACUUGA